CUUUCCCUUUAAGACUUGUGUUUUCAGUUGCCUAACCUAGUCAAGCUGCUAUUUUUUGGGGGAUCUCUUCCACUUGUACAGGUUCGGCAGAUAGAACUGUUAAAUUCUGGGACCUUGAAACUUUUGAGCUGAUUGGUUCAGCUGGUCCUGAGGCCACAGGAGUGCGUUCUAUGACCUUCAAUCCUGAUGGAAGAACCCUACUAUGUGGUUUGCAUGAAAGUCUGAAGAUUUUCUCUUGGGAGCCAAUAAGAUGCCAUGAUGCUGUGGAUGUGGGAUGGUCUAGAUUGUCGGAUUUGAACAUUCAUGAAGGGAAACUUCUUGGGUGCUCCUAUAAUCAAAGUUGUGUCGGAGUGUGGGUCGUGGAUAUUUCGCGCAUUGAACCAUAUGCAAUUGCUAGUGCGGCUCGAUCAAACAGUCACCCAGAACUGAAAUCUACUUCAAUUGGGAAUCUAUCUGUACUAACUGACAACAGUGCAAAGAUUAGCACUGGGAGGAUAUCAGCUAUACACAAUUCUGAUACUGUAGUUAAGGAAACAAAAACUUGGGGGAGGCUAUUGGUUUCGCAAAAUUCCGAUCCUAUGAAGGAAGCCAAAAAUUUAUCAUCUACAGGAAGUAUUCCUGGUACUCCGCAAAGGGUCAGUUUAAGCUCUGUUCCAAAGACCAUUGUGUCAAGUGCGGUGGCAGCACCUAGUGCAGCAACUCUAAAGAGGAGUAUUGCCAAGUCUCAUUCAACAUCCAGUCAUCCAGUCUUCAACAAGUCAGAUGUGAUUCCUGUUAUUGUCCCAAGGAAUAAUGUGAGGGUGGAGCAGGCAUCUGAUUCCAAAAGAGAAAUUGCUGCAGCUGGAAGAACCACCCCAUUCUUCAUGCAGGCAAGAGUAACCGACUUAAGGAAGCUGUCUAAUAACAGGGUUGAUCAGGAGAGGCCAAAUAUUUCUGCUCACUCUUUGUCAAUAUAUUAUAAGUCUACUGAAUUGAAUGAAGUUAUAGAUCAGAAUUUCCUUCCUGCUGUUGAGGGGUUGAAUCCAGUAAUAACAACGGCUGAAAGAGACUUGAAGGAUGCUAGAUGCCUUGGGCCUGGGAAACGUGGAAUGAGUCUGUCAACAGAGCCAUCUGCAGAUGAUGCUCAGGUGCAUAAAGUAAACCGAGAGGACUGUUCUUUUGACAUUCAGAAAAGAGGAAAGGCACACUCACUUGUUGCAAACUGGGAGGAGAGAGAGAGUUCUCCCUAUGAAGGACCUACAUCCAGUAAUUCAUCCGAGACAACUUCUGCAGUUAACGUGCUCUUUAAUACG